AAAGCUCCUCAGAUCGUCGAACAGUAAAGCUGCUUUUUCAUUUGUGUCCGUCCCGACUUUGUGUACGGCUGGAGUUUCAAAAUAAGAAAAACAAAAAUCCUUAAAUUAAAUUCAACAUAAAUCAGUGUGCUUUAAGUAAAUCUUGAAUUAAAUUCAAUUUGUUUGUUAAUUUAGAUUUAGUAGAAAUUACAGUGUGAAAAACUAACAAAUAAUUUUGUUAAAAUUUAGUUGAAAAAAAAUAUUACAAACGCUAAAGUAGAAUUAACCAUAACCCAAAGUAUCAAAGUGAUUUUCCUAAGGCAAUACAUCGAAGAUCUCCGCAAGAUCAUUGAGGAGAAAAUGUCGCUCAAUCCAAACGGGUAUAAACUUUCCGAAAAAACGGGAAAAUUAACAGCGUAUGACCUUUUGCCUACCACAACUACGGCUGUUCCCGAGACACGAGAAUUCUUGUUAAAAGUCAUUGAUGUUUUGUUGGACUUUGUUAAAGCCACAAAUGAUCGCAAUGAAAAGGUUUUGGAAUUUCAUCAUCCCGAAGAUAUGAAACGUCUUUUGGACUUAGAUGUACCCGAGCGAGCUGUGAAUCUGCAGCAGUUGAUCGAAGACUGUGCUACCACUUUGAAAUAUCAAGUUAAGACGGGUCAUCCCCAUUUCUUUAAUCAAUUAUCAUGUGGUUUGGACAUUAUUUCCAUGGCGGGUGAAUGGUUAACUGCCACUGCCAAUACCAACAUGUUCACCUAUGAAAUUGCACCAGUUUUCAUUUUAAUGGAAAAUGUUGUCUUGUCGAAAAUGCGUGAAAUUAUUGGCUGGCAUGGUGGUGAUUCCAUAUUGGCUCCCGGCGGUUCUAUAUCCAAUCUAUACGCUUUCUUAGCUGCUCGCCACAAAAUGUUCCCCAAUUAUAAGGAACAUGGUGCUGCUGGUUUACCUGGACAAUUGGUCAUGUUUACUUCAGAUCAAUGUCAUUAUUCGAUUAAAUCGUGUGCUGCUGUUUGUGGUUUGGGCACAGAUAAUUGUGUGUCAGUGCCUUCAGAUGAACAUGGUCGUAUGAUUACAUCCGAAUUGGAACGUCUUAUAAUGCAACGAAAAUCAAAGGGUCAUGUACCAUUUUUCGUGAAUGCCACAGCUGGUACAACAGUAUUGGGAGCUUUUGAUAAUUUAAAUGAAAUUGCUGAUAUUUGCCAGAAAUAUAAUUGUUGGAUGCAUGUUGAUGCUGCUUGGGGUGGCGGUUUAUUAUUAUCACGAAAAUAUCGUCAUCCUAGAUUUACUGGAGUUGAACGAGCUGAUUCGGUUACCUGGAAUCCACACAAAUUGAUGGGAGCUUUAUUACAAUGCUCAACUAUACAUUUCAAAGAGGAUGGUCUCUUAAUCAGCUGUAAUCAAAUGUCAGCUGAAUAUCUCUUUAUGACUGAUAAACAAUACGAUAUUAGCUACGAUACUGGCGACAAAGUCAUACAGUGUGGACGACACAAUGAUAUUUUCAAAUUGUGGUUACAGUGGCGUUCAAAGGGUACCGAAGGUUUUGAACGACAACAAGAUCGCUUAAUGGAAUUGACCGAAUAUCAAGUGAAACGUAUACGAGACCAAUCAGAUCGUUUCCAUUUAAUACUUGAACCUGAGUGUGUAAAUGUUUCAUUUUGGUAUGUGCCCAAGAGAUUGCGUGGUGUACCACACGAUGCCAAAAAGGAACAGGAAUUGGGCAAGAUUUGUCCUAUUAUCAAGGGACGCAUGAUGCAAAAGGGCAGCCUUAUGGUUGGCUAUCAACCCGACGAUCGACGACCCAAUUUCUUCCGUUCAAUUAUUUCUUCAGCUGCUGUAACUGAAGUUGAUGUUGAUUUUAUGUUAGAUGAAAUACAUCGAUUGGGUGAUGAUUUGUAAAUUGUCUACAGCUACAACAUACAUAAGUCAUGGUAAUUUAUUUUAAUUGAAUUUGAAAAUGAAUCAAUUAUUAGAAUUCAUUAAGUGCAGAUGAUAAUAAAUAUUUUAAUUUUAAGCAAAAAAAAAUAAGUUUCAAUCAAAACCAAAGAAAAAAACACUAUUAAAAAACGUUAAGUUGAAUUAUAAAACAAUAAAAAUUACUAUACUACAACAACAACAACAAACAACCAAGAUAUAUCUUUAAGGUAAAAGCAUAUCACUUCAUAAUCAUGCAACACUCACAACAAAAAUUGCUAGUCAAUGUUUAUAUAAUUCCUAUAAAAAUGUUAUUAAUGUUUAAAGUUUAUUUAAGAACAGUUAUUGACAAUAACUUAUUGUUAAUUGUUUAUUUAAGAAUAAUUUUAAUAUUUUUUUGUUAUGUUUUUACUUAUGUAUUUUGUUAAGUUUUUUUUUAAGAAAUUGGAUUAGAAAGUCAAUUACUUUUUGUGAGGAUAUUGUCGACAACACAGCUAUUGUUAAACAACCCAACAUUAUUAUAUAUAAAAACAUAUCUUAUUGUUUAUAAUUUGAAAAAAAAACGUAUAACAAAUAGCUUAAACAAUUACAAUGAUAAUUGAAUUAUUGAAGAAACAUUUGUUAAAUAUUGAAAAAUCCCAUAAUGCUUGCAAUAAUAACACGGUGCUACUAGAGAAUUUCUGCCAGGCGAUUAAGUAGAUAAUACAAAUUGAGAGCUAUAUUACUUAGUUUUUAGAUCUGCAUUAAUUCUUUCAAAUUUUAGAAUAUUCAAAUGAUAUUUUUUAUCAAAACGAAAUAUGCAAUCAAUUUUACUUGAUCAGAAGUUUCUAAGCUUUUAAUUGAUGUUGUUUUUGGGUUGACAAUCUUUGUUCAUGAAUGUCCAAGUCUUUCCGGUGCAAAGAACAGAUUGUCAUGGGAGCGUUUAACUAUUUUUGGGUUAUAUUGUUGAGUCAUUUCUUACUUAGGAGGGAUUUUUCCAAUAAAGAUAAUCUAUAUUCUUUGUUCAAACUUAGUUUAGUUUAUGUAUUGUGUUUUUCAGUAAUCAGUAACGUUAGUUUAACUGAGUGUUAUUGGCCAAUUAAACCCAAGAUAUAAGUGAGAAAACACAAUCAUCAAAAACAAUAAAAUAAUGAAUUCGGAAGAAGAAUACCAUGGUCUCCACCACAGUAUAAACAGUUGAGGUUUAAUGGUCUCCACCAGUGUUUAAACAGUUGAGUCUGUCGUAAGCCAGGCAACAAACACAAGCCUGAACGUGUUUAAGAAAUAAUCGCGAUGACGCGAGAGUUGUUCCACAACUCAGAUCUGAAUUACGACUGACAAAAGUAAUAUUUGCAAAAAAUAGCUGUUCAUUGUUUAUGUUUUUGACUGAAAAGUUGGCAAUACUAACAAAGUUAACUGAUCUUAGACCUGGCUCACACUAGGAAACUCCUUUGGGAAAUUUUUGAUUUCUGUAUGUGAGAGAUGUUUGAUAUUUCUUUUUCUUUCACACACAAAAU